AUGUCCAUCUCUCCUUAUCUCCUCCGUCACUUCACUCUCACCUUGAAGUCGAUAUUUUCUUUCCCUUUCCUGGAGCGCAACAUGUCCGACAUCAAGCCCAAAUCCCCUUCAAUCCCUCAAUGGCAGCAACCUGCCGCUGCCAGCACGAACACCGACAACUCCACCUCCACACCAUCGCCGAGCUCCGAUGAGACUCCCCGUUCAGUGCUCAUAGAGCAAGCUCGAAAGUUCUUGCAGGAUGACUCCCUGCGCGAUGCGCCCAUUGACCGCAAGAUAACUUUCCUAGAGUCCAAGGGCCUCCGCAGUCAGGAAAUAGACAGUCUCCUGGCCAUCUCGCGAGAUGCGGACUCAAGCAGCAACACCGCAGAGGGGAGCAAGUCUACCCCGGAUUCUACCACAUCAUCCACCAGCAACGAGUCGCAAAGUCCCAAAGAACCAUCUUCCUCAUCACCAACAUCCUCCGCAUCUUCAUCUACCACACCCGCUGCUCCAACUGCCACCAAGAACUCCGCGUCACGAGAUGUCCCACCCAUCAUCACCUACCCCGAAUUCCUAAUUCAGCAAUCCAAACCCCGCCACUGCCUCUACGGCGCAAGCGAAUACCUCGUCAAACCAAUGCUCGCCACCCUCACCAGCGCCCGCCUCGAACUCGCGCAAACCGCCAACACCAACCUCCAAAAGCUCAACGAGAAACUCGAGCAGAACGUCUCUCGGAUCCCGCCCUAUCUCUCCGCAAAGGACACAAAACAAACCGAGCCCGCCGACUCCGAAGACGACGAGCAGGACUCCAUCACCUCCGACCCAACAGAGCUCUUCCACCGGGACCGGCUCGAAAACAUCACUUCGCAUCUCCGCGAAGUCGCUUCCAUGGAGAAAGAGUCAGGUGUGCUGGACGACUCCGUGCGUACCCGAUUGAACGAACUACACCAUUACCUCGAUGGCUUGCUCUACAGCAGAUCCAGUUAUAGUUCCGUCACGGCGUACGGGGUAUACAGCACGCCUGGCCUGGAGACCACAUCCGGUCCCUCGGCAGGCAUCAGUAAAGCCGAGGAGGACGCGAUGGCCAGCUUCCGGGCUGACAUUCGAGGUGUCAAGGGCGCCUUGCUGAGUGCUCGGAACUUUCCCGCCAGCCGGGGAAGAACUGGCUCGGGAGUUCUGUCUGGAAGGUGAAGGUCGAUGUGUAUAUAUAUAGUUUAGGAGAGAAAUGAGC